AUGUCGUUAAGCUCACCCUUGCGUUCGAAUACGUAUUCGGCGUAUACGACGGUUUUCGAAGCUGGACAAAAUGACUGUGUGAUUGAUAAAGCCCGUCGAAAUUGGUGUCCAUCGUGUCGACUUGCAAAGUGCUUUCGACUGAACAUGAACUCAAAAGCCGUGCAGGGCGAACGUGGCCCCCGGUAUGCAGCUUCAUCCCUACUACAACGAUCUGCUUUCCGAAGAGACAAACUACGAGGGUCACGUAGAGGACGUGCAAAGACGGCUACAAUAACCCCUGGUUUUUCUUUAGAUGGUUUAUUCAUGGCGGCAAUGUUCGCUGUGAGUCAGUCAGUACUCCUUUCCUUCAGUACUGUUGAAGAGCGACGUGCACUACUCAGUGAGCGAUACUCCACGUUUUUCGCCUUGGCCCUGGCCACCGCCGAUGGGGAAACCAGUGCUAUUUGUAGCUAUGUGAAUCGCUCAGGUGCAUUUGCCAUUUUUCUAAUAAAAAUCAUUCUGCAAUUCUGGGGAGGAGCUACAUUAUCUCCUGGACAUCGGGAAGGAGCACUACUUGCACCAAAACGAUGGGUGUUGAAAGGACCUACUGAAGAUAACUGA